AUGCAAUCAGCCAAUCAAACCUCUACUGCCGAUUCUUACUAUGGCAAGAAGCUAACGAGAGCUGGUCUCAUCAAAAGACAAGAUCCACACCACGAAUCAGGCUUCGGCGGAAACCCCUUGAAGAUGGAAUCGGAUGGCACCCUGAAGAAAUGGCCUGAGGGAUAUACCGAGGUCAACCAGUUCCGACAAAACUUGCCGGUAAUGAAACAAAUAGACUUGUUUUUAGACGCUUUUUACGAUACCAGUGCGCAAGUAUUGAUCGUAAGCUCACCCACAGGUUCUGGUAAGAGUACAUCGAUCCCCCAAGUAUCCCUUCAUGUCCUACGAGAAGCGGGGCUAUCGACGUCCGUUCUCGUUACUCAGCCGAGACAAAUCGCAGCCAGAGGAUGUGCAAAUCGACUGGCAGUAGAAUCUGGACUUGACUUCGGGCACGAUGUUGGACUUCAGAUGCGAGGGGAUGUACAAAUGCCUACGGCUGGUCUUCCGAGUAUAGUGGUUCAGACAGAUGGCUACCUAUUGGCGAACCUGUCCUCCAACCCGGCUCUCGAUAGAUAUGACGUUCUUAUCAUUGACGAGAUACACGAGCUGUCGAUCAACAUGAUAGCUCUUCUAGGUGUGUUGAAGAAAGUGAUGCUGAAACGACCUCAUCUCAAAGUUAUUCUCAUGUCAGCAACGAGUAACAAUAGCGAUUUGAUCAACUUCUACUCCGACUUUGGCGCCCAAGUCCUCAACUUCGACGGCCGGACACAAAUCAUCCACACUUACUCUCGUCCUAGACCCUCUCAAGACUGGAUGAUAGAAGCACUCCAAAAUCUCGUCACUUAUUUCGUCAAGAAGAAAGCUCAUUUUCCCCCUGGUAACUUUCUCGUUUUCACGCCUGGUCAAAGGGAAUGCCAUCAAUUCGUCGAGUACUGUCAAUUACUCAAAGAUCAAUUUCCUCAAGAAUUUCGCUUUACAGAUUUUCUUGUCUUGUACCGAGAUCUUUCUGCGGCUGAAGUCAAGGUAGUUCUUGCCCCUCACACCGAGCAAAUCGAAAUUGACGGAAAGGUAAAAGAAGUUACCUACACCAAAAUCAUCGCCAGUACCAAUGUGGCUGAAACUAGCGUCACAAUCGAUGAUCUGGUGGGGGUAAUCGAUUCGGGUAUAAAGAAGACCAUGAUCUACCAUGCAAAUGUCAACGCAUGGGAAUUCAUUCCCAUCACUUGUUCUAAAGCAGAGAUGGACCAAAGGAAAGGUCGUACUGGAAGGACCAGGGAAGGUUUUUACUUUCCGCUUUACACAAACAACUGGUAUGCAUCUGUACCUUUGUUCCCUCCUUCGCCACUCCUCAAGACCGACAUUACUUCCCUGGUCCUCCUUAUUCUUGCGAUGCCUAAUUGUUCUGGUAUUCACGAUUUUGCAUGGUUCAUCAAACCGAAACGCUCUCAGCUUUAUCGAGCAAUUUGGAACUUACUUACUCUUGGUUUUGCGCAAUUCGACGAGAACAAGGUCUUGACUCUGACUGAAGAAGGAUUAUUGGCUAGUAAGCUGCCUCUGGAGCCUCAUCACGCCAAACUAUUCCUGAGUUGUCGAGGAAGUGGCUUGGAACAUGAAGUCAUGAAAAUGAUUUCGCUGCUUGAAAAUCCGCCGCUGCAAAAGGUCCCGUUGGAGGAGGAAAAAGGUUCUGUAUUGGACGCGUUGAAGAAAUUCGGUCACGAUACUAGCGAUCAUCUCUCUCAGCUGGGAAUAUACAAUCAUUGGGUAGCGCAGGUCCCACGAAACAUGGAUAGUGCUUUCGCCAGAAAGUACAUCCUGAGCUAUUCUGUUCUCAAAGGUGUCCAAGGUCGAGUAGAGGAAUUGUGUAAAUUGUGGUCCACCAUCUUUGUCGAUACUCCCAUCAAGCCGCUUCCACAUGGCAUCGCAGAUCGACAAGAUUACUCGGCUCGACUGAUCCAGAUUCUCUUGAAGGCCUACGGUGCGAACGUAGCCAUACGAGUACCACAAAGCAGCCAAGCGACACACGUCAGUCAGAUGAAGUUCGUAUGGAGGAAUAUCGCAGAAUCCACUGUGAACCUAAAAUCUGCCGUUGAUCUCCGCCUUCCUAAGCGUGGUGUCCUGGUAUCAGCGAACCAUCCCCAGUACCUAUUAUAUACGAAGGUCACCUAUGCCGCCGAUGAAGAGAUCUACUACAUGGACGCAUGCACCGUUCUGACUCGGGAAAACAUGCUGGACUGGGACCCGACCCUAGAGCACAGGUACGUAGAUAUUCAUAAUUACAUUCGCCCGUUCACUGGUGGAAACGAGACCGAAGGAGUGGAUUUUGCAUUGCAAUCCCACAUUCUUCCAAAUCAACCAGGUGAGCCCGAAUCUAUAACUACCUAUACCGAUUUCGAGGACUUCAAGAUGCCACCCCUUCCAUUCUGA